AUGAAGUUCGGCAAAGGCUUGCUGCAGGAAAUUCUGCAGAGCAACCCGGAGUGGGCCCCCUUUUGGCUCAACUACAAAAUACUCAAGAAGCGCAUUAAAGCCGUAACCCGAGCAGCGCACCACGCCGUCAAUCAGCGCGACAUCUCCGAAUCCGAACUGGAGGUAGCGUUCUUCCGCGACCUGCAGGCAGAACUCAAGAAGAUUUCGCUCUUCUACGCUGCCGAGGAGAAGCGCGUCGCCUUCCGCUACCAGCAGCUGCGUUCUGUCCUUAAGACGCUCAAGAAACGAGAGAAGAUUGAGGCAUCUGAGGCUCAGCGACUCAUGUUCGCCUUCGUCCACUUCUACCGUGAGUGCAUUCGUCUCGAGAACUUCGCCGUUAUGAACUAUCAGGGCUUUUCGAAGAUCCUCAAGAAGCACGACAAGAUGACGGGUUACAACACGCGGUCCAAGUACAUGCGCCGGAAGGUGAAUCUGUCGUCGUUCUCCAACUACCCGAGCCUGCUGCAGAUCUUGGCGAGUACGGAGGAAAUGUUCCACGAGGUGGAGCGUGACGCCCGCAUGGCACCCGCCGUGUCCAGCAUGAAACUCAACAUUGAGUCAAAAGUGACGCCGGUUGCUAGCAGCACCCACGUCCUGGCCCCGGUGGUCCAUAUCCCGCCUACUUCCUCUGCUGCACCAGGAAGCUCGUCCACGCCCGUCGGAAUGACCGCGUCGCUGCCUCCGAAAUUCCCGUCUCCCCACCUAACUCCCUCCAACUCUUCACUUGCCGCCGCCUCCUUCCCCGCCUCGGUCUUGUGGGCUUCUGAAGAGCAGGAAACAGUCCACCAUGAGCAGAAAUUUCAGCUGUAG